AUGAUAGAAUGUUGUAAUAUGCAAGAUUUGAAGUUUAAAGGGAAUCCUUUCAGUUGGGUUGGUAAGCGACAGAAGGAAACAAUACAGUCAUGUUUGGACAGAGUCAACUCAGAUUGGAGAGCAUCGUAUCCAGCCUCAGAAACAGAGUUUCUCCCGAUUGCAGGCUCCGAUCAUGCACCUGUAAUUAUCGACAUAGAGGAAGAUGUUUAUGUCAAAAGAGGACAGUUCAGAUAUGAUAAGAGACAUGUCGAUUCAGAGGAGUUUGUUCAGGCUGUUAAAAGAGGAUGGUCUACUGGUCGAAUGGAUACUAAUAAUAGUAUUCAUGACAAACUUCAUCGUUGCAGAAGAGAACUUGCGAACUGGAAAAGAAGAUCAAAGACAAAUUCAGCAGAAAAAAUUCAGACUAUAAAGCAUCAGUUAGAUACGGCAGUGAGAAGCAAUACAACGCCUCAGUCAGUGAUCACAAGCCUAAGAUACGAGCUCAACAAAGCUUAUGGUGCAGAGGGACAAUACUGGAAACUAAAGAGUAGAAACCAGUGGAUGAACUUGGGGGAUCGGAACACUAAAUUUUUCCAUGCCACAACGAAGAUGAGGAAAACUCGCAACCGUCUAAAGUCUAUGUUAGAUGAGCAAGGUAUAGAACACUUCCGGAAUGAUGCAAUCGGUCAGGUGGCAUAA